UGCCGACUAUCCAAAGUUCCCAUACUGAUUCCCCUGCCUGAUACUGGUGUGACACACUGACUUGCUCUGAUAGCACUAUCUCAAAAUAUGGCUUCAGACCUCGUAAAAGGGUCAACCUAGUACAAGUGCAUCAGGGCCAGAUGCUGCAUGCCACAAACCUAGCACCCAACUGAUCUUCUCAGGUAGCAAAGCUAAAUUGGGUUCUAAUAACUUCUUGGUGUUGACAAACUGUAAGAUGUUUGUAGAAGGUGGCAUCUGAUGCUGUUUGGCAAUGUUAGUUUAUAUGGACAAAAAUGGACAUGCGAUGUGGUUUAUUUAUGCAGAGAUCUGGCGAAAAGCAGCUGAGUAACAUGGACGUUUCUGGAGCCAUGUCUUCAUCUUUACCAGUUUUUCGUACCCCUUUGGAAGAGAAGUAUCCAAAAUUGCCAGAUACUUUUCAUUUUUCCCCAGAACACGAACUGAUGACACACUCGAUAUCCCCUCAGUCAACUCUGUUAGCUUCUAAGACUGGAACAGUUGGCCACAUGUUCUCAUCAGCUUCUAGUCUUCCCUCAGAUGUUCAUUUUUUUUCAGUUUCACCCCAAGCAAGGUAUCCCAGUGAUGCUCCAUUCAUUUCCCAGACAUCUGGUGAUGGCACAUCUUUUCCACCAAUUCAGUCUUCUCAUACUGGUGUUCAAUCCACACCGCCGACAAAUUACCCCAAGGAAAGCAACGAUAUGUCCUGGACUACGGACUCGCUGCAGAGUUUCCUUGACUUUCCAGAAAAUGUCCUCAUGCAAACUGGUCAGGUUGAAAGCAAUAUUGGCAUUAUGGCAUCUGAAGACCAUGCCAAGAGAAUUAAUUGGCAGGAAUGGGCAGAGUUUGAGUUAAUCGACGUUGAUGAUGCUCUAGUGUCAGAUUGGAGUGAUAUCCUGGGUGAUGUCAAUGUGCAGGAUCCCAAGCCAAAGGUGAUUGAACCAUCUGCAGAUUUAUCUGCACGGCAGCCCCAAGAUCUUCAUCAUUCCAUAGCAUCUACAGAAACUUGUCCUGUUACUAGCCCACUAUCCAGUGCAGCCCUGACCAAGGCCCGUAUGCGCUGGACACCAGAACUUCAUGAACUCUUUGUUGAAGCAGUCAAUAAGCUUGGUGGUGGUGAAAAAGCUACUCCUAAGGGUGUCCUGAAGCUCAUGAACGUUGAAAGCCUGACCAUCUUUCACGUUAAAAGUCACCUGCAGAAAUUUAGAACGGCCAGGCACAAACCCGAGUCAUCAGAAGGAACUUCAGAGAAAAAGUCAACUUCUAUUGAGGAGAUUACGUCUUUGGAUUUGAAAACGAGUAUGGGGAUUACUGAAGCAUUGAGAAUGCAGAUGGAAGUCCAGAAACGGUUGCAUGAACAACUGGAGAUUCAGAGAAACCUCCAAUUGCGAAUUGAAGAACAGGGGAGGCACCUACAAAUGAUGUUUGAGAAACAGAAGAAGGUAGAUGAUGAGAGGUCGAAAUCGUCUUCCUCAAAUCCAGUUGAACCACCUACACCAAUUUCAAGUACGAUGGAGUCUUCCCAUGCCAAUAGUAAGUUAGAAGCCUCGGACAAGGACAAGGACAAUGCCAACGGAAGUCAAGCUCUUGAUGAAAUUUCUCAGUAUUCAAGUACGAGCAAAACAGCACCAGAAAGCAUAAUUGUCAAUGAUCUUGAUCCCGAUUCUAGGGGGUCUAGUCCUCGGCCUACAAAGCGUGCUAGAGGAGAUGAGAGACAGUGAUCAUUAACUAAACAUUUUGCAAAAAUUCUCCAAGUAUUGACAUUGACAUGUGCUUAUAGCAAUAAGAAACUCACCUAACGAAGUUCAUCAAUUUUCUGCUGUUUUAGGAUAGAGGGAUGAAAUUCGCUAUCCAAACUGUGAAAUUCGCUAUCCAAACUGGCAAAGAAUGCUGCUUGUUUGUAAUUGUGAACACACCUCUCUGCAGGAAUAUUUGUGAGGUUCUGCUUGUUUCA